AUGCCUUCCACAGACUCGGCGGCGGUCAUCGUAGCCAGGUUCCUGAAAGCGAACCAUUACAAUGAAACGUUCGAAGCGUUCAUAGCAGAGGCCGGAUUGCCCCAAAAUGCCGGCAUCACCAACCAAGGCGACUGGACGAUAGAAAAGAUCCUCGAAGAAAAGAAGCAAUUCGACUCGAGUCUCGCUUUUGAGAAGAAAGGCGAUGAUAAAAACAGAGGCUGGUCGCUGCCUGCGCCAUCCAAAGCUGUCGAGCCCCAAGUGCCCAUCCAAUCUAAUGUCCUCUGCGUGAGCGGUUGUGGGCAAGGUGACAAGGAGGACGAAGUCAUUCUCAUCACCACAGCAGACCGAUCGUGGGCGCGUGUUUCACCCGCUGUCCCUUUCUCACUGUUGGGGUCUAUCCCAAAUGCUCACGGUAGUCCAGUGCUGGCCAUCAGUUCGCUUCCUGGAGGCUACAUCUUAUCCACUUCAAUGUCCGGACAGCUUGCGCUGCACGGUUCACAGGGCCGGUUAUUAGACAAAUGUCGCGACCAUCUGAAAUAUGCCGUUCAUGUGGUGUCAGGACUCACCAGACAUGGAAGAUGGAUUGUGGCCACGGCCGGCUGGGACCAAAAGGUCCACAUCUACGCGCCGGAGUCUGAGUUGGCGGCAAACUUCGAACCGCACGGCCAAAGCCACUUGAGGGACGACGAGCCCUACAUUCCUGGACUCCUGCGCGACCCAAUCCACACCAUCACUGUGCCCACGAAUCCGGAAUCUAUGGUCCUCGUACAGCAUCCGGACACAAUGGACCUCUAUCUCGUCGUUUCAAGGCGUGACUCUACUUUCCUGUACUACUACCGCAUCACACCGACAGCGGCCGAGUCCUCUUCCUCACGCAGCAGCGAAGUCACAUAUUCAGUACAGGAAACCGGUAAGCAGAAUCUGGCGCCUCACUCCAACGCCUGGGUUGCAUUCACGCCCUCCUGUCUCGCCGUGUGCCCGACAGAUCCGCAGCUUCUGGCCGUGGCAACAUCCCACCUCCCGCAUAUGAAGCUGAUCGUUGUCCGGCUUCUCUUCCCAACGGCCACGUACGAUCCCAAUACCAAUACCGCAGCAGUGGCCGACUCGCAGGCAGUGACGCCCGCAUCGCAGGCUCGUGCUGCCCUCGCCCUGCAGGACCGUGAAGACUCGGCCAUCAAGCUUCAUGUGUCCACCAUGGCUCCACAGACGCCUUAUUCCACACCCCAGGUUGUCUGGCGUCCUGGCGGACAUGGGGUAUUCAUCAACGCUGAUGAUGGAGUGAUCAGAGGUGUGGAUACUGAGAGCGGCAAGGUGGUUGCUAUACUCAAGGCCCAUGAGGUCGGAAGCAAGGUCAGAACAUUGUAUGCCGGUUGGGAAGCUGGUGGGCAGAAGGAGAUUCUGGUCAGUGGAGGCUUUGAUAAGAAGGUCUUUGUCUGGCGAGUCGACAGCGAGUGA